AUGUCUUCUACUCCUCAUAUCGGCCCAUGGAGAACCCCAGCUGAGGGUCAUCUCACCCCAGAUGCCAAUGGAGACCUUAAAACCGACUAUACGCGCUGGCGAUUGGUCGACGAAGAAGGCCGUCAAACAUGGCGGUAUCUCGAAUCUGAUGCGGAAAACAACGAAUGGCCGCAAUCAGUAGCUGAUAAAUAUCACUUGGGACUACCAACAGGCCUUCCAGAGCUACCAGAGGCCAAGACGCCAUUGAAAGCUGCCGAGAAUGGACUUUCAUUUUUCUCGCAUCUGCAGCUGGAGCCCGGGAACUGGGCCUGCGAGUACGGUGGCCCUAUGUUCCUGCUGCCGGGUAUUCUGAUCACUUACUAUGUGACCAAUACACCAAUUCCUCCGGAAUAUGCAACAGAGAUCAAGCGUUAUCUGUUUGCUCGUCAGCACCCAGAGGAUGGUGGAUGGGGUCUGCACAUUGAAGGCCACAGUUCCGCUUUCGGUACUUGUAUGAACUAUGUGGCGCUGCGUUUGAUCGGUGUUAGCGAAGAGGAUCCGCGCAUGAUCAAAGCCCGGGGCCUUCUGCAUAAGUUUGGAGGUGCCAUCUACGGUCCCCACUGGGCUAAAUUCUGGCUCAGCAUUCUGGGGGUCAUGGAGUGGGAGCUUCUUCCUGACUGGGUUCCCUUUGCUCCUUGGCGGUGGUGGAUUCAUAUGCGCCAGGUGUUCCUCCCAAUGUCUUGGCUGUGGUCUAAGCAAUGGUCUCAUCCUCUAGACGACUUGACAAGACAGCUACGCGAGGAAUUGUACACCCAGCCAUACAGCUCUGUCGAUUUUGCCGCGCAUCGCAAUUCGAUCCACGAGGCAGACAAUUAUUACCCCAAGACAUGGCUGUUGAAUACAGCCAAUGAACUGCUGGUUCGGGUCUGGAACCCUUAUCUUCGACUCCCUAGUAUUGUCAAGCGAGCCGAGGAAUGGACCUGGGAAUUGAUUCGCAUGGAAGAUGAAAACACCAAAUAUGCAGGGCUGGGACCUGUCAACAACCCAAUGAAUAUGGUGGCUUGCUUUAUCCACGAUGGCCCUGACAGUUACUCUGUCCGCCAACACAGGGAGCGGUUGAAUGACUAUAUGUGGGUAAAGGGCGAGGGCAUGCUUGCGAAUGGAACCAAUGGCGUGCAAGUGUGGGACACGGCAUUCAUCACCCAGGCGAUCGUCGUCGCUGGUUUCGCUGACGAGCCCAGGUGGCGGCCGAUGUUGACGAAAGCUCUCGAAUUCCUUGACGAUCAUCAAUUACGAGAGAACGUGCCAGAUCAAGAGAAAUGCUACCGCCAGCACCGCAAGGGCGCUUGGCCGUUCAGCACUAAGGACCAAGGCUACACAGUUAGCGAUUGCACCGCUGAGGGUCUCCGGUCAACACUUCAGCUACAGGAAAUGCACGGCUUCCCUAAGCUGAUCUCCGAACAACGCUUGAAGGAUGCUGUUGACUGUCUUUUGCUUAUGCAAAACCCAAGCGGCGGGUUCUCUGAGUACGAAAUUACCCGCGCUUCACCCAAGGUCGAGUGUCUCAAUGCCGCGGAGGUCUUCGGCGGAAUCAUGAUCAGCUACGACCACCCUGAAUGCACAACUGCAUCUGUUACGGCUCUGUCACUCUUUAGCAGAUUUUACCCCAAAUACCGCGCCGACGAAAUCCGCGCCGCGAAGCAGAAGGCCGUCGGCUACAUCAAGCGCGUACAGCGCGCGGACGGUAGCUGGUACGGCUCGUGGGGUAUCUGCUUCACCUACGCUGCGUUGUUUGCGCUCGAGAGUUUGGCCAGCGUCGGCGAGACAUACGAAACGAGCGCCGACUCUCGUCGCGGUUGUGACUUCCUGAUCGGGAAGCAGCAGGCCGAUGGUGGCUGGGGCGAGUCAUAUCUUAGUAGCUCGACCCAUCAGUAUGUUCAGCACGAAAAGUCCCAGGUGUGUCAGACUGCAUGGUCUCUUCUUGCGCUUAUGGAGGCGGGCUACCCGCACAAAGAACCGUUGGAGAGGGGCAUUAAGCUGUUGAUGUCUCGCCAGCAGCGGAAUGGCGAGUGGCUACAGGAGGCCAUUGAGGGUGUAUUCAAUCAGUCUUGCAUGAUCUCGUACCCCAACUACAAGUUCUACUGGCCGAUCCGUGCCUUGGGCUUGUAUAGUAAGAAGUUCGGAAAUGCAGAGCUCGUGUAA